UAUAUAAAGAAAAGAUAAGGGCUGAUAACAAUAAAUGUUGAGACUCACUACUGGUACUGGUGAGGUGGUGGUGGCUUGAAAUGGGUCAUCACUGCUGUAACAAACAGAAAGUUAAGAGAGGGCUGUGGUCUCCAGAAGAAGACGAGAAACUCGUAAAUUACAUCACCACUCAUGGCCACGGUUGUUGGAGUUCUGUUCCAAAACAAGCAGGGCUGCAAAGGUGUGGAAAGAGUUGCAGACUGAGAUGGAUUAACUACCUAAGACCAGAGCUGAAAAGGGGUUCUUUUUCUGAACAAGAAGAAAGAACCAUCAUUGAUGUUCAUAGGAUUCUAGGCAACAGAUGGGCCCAGAUAGCUAAGCAUCUACCAGGAAGAACGGAUAAUGAGGUGAAGAAUUUCUGGAACUCAUGCAUUAAGAAAAAGCUGAUUGCACAAGGAUUGGAUCCAAAAACUCACAAUCUCCUCCCUUCUCAUCAGUUUAGCAGCAAUAAAAAUAACAAUGCAUGCAAUAAUCUUCAUAUCUACCAAGAACCCACUUCAAUUUUCUCUGUAAAUUCACAGAUGAGAGAUGGACCAAUGAACGCAAGUUCACUUUUUAUCACAUUGCCACCACCACCACCACCACCUCCUCCUCCUCAUCCAUCUUUUGCAUAUACUGCUUCUACUCAAAUUCAUACUCCAUUUCAUGAAACCAUGACAAUUAUUAAUCCCUCCUAUGAAUACCAAAACCCCAAUCUUGCUUGGAAUGUUAAAGGCCAAAACUCUCAGGUUUCUUUUGAUUUUGCUAGUCGAUCUUCUAUUGAUCAGACCACACCCAUCUCCUCAUCUCCCAUAAUUCCAUCUGGGUUUGGGUUUUUAGAUGAGAAUCUCAUGUGGGGUGCUUGUGGUGUUGAACCCUUUGAGCCUCCAAGGCAGGAAGAGAUGCAACCACCACAGCAAGAAAAGAGAGCCCAGGAGGUAUAUGAAACUGAGUUCGAUGAAACCAAUGAAGUGAAGGGUGGUGGUGGUGGUCAUCAGGAUAUGCAGAUUGGUUCUUCCUUUAACAGCUCAAACUUCGAUCUUGACUUUGUGGAAUCUACAAUGAUGUCUUGUGGGAUGUAUUGCAAUUCGAGUUCCUUGGAUCAGCUUGCAUGGGAUUUUUAGGACUUUUAAUUUCUGUAUGUAUUCUGUCUCGGUUUUGUACUCUUACUAAGGCUGACUAUGCAUUCCAAAAU